AUGGGGUUCACUCCUGUCUGUAGUCAGCUGUUCAUCAGCUACAAGUUGGCUUUUCUGAUCUUGGCUAAGCCUCCUGUCAUGUCUAGGCCUCGACUGUUCUCAGGAGCAGCGGAUUACCCUGUGCCUGGCAAAACAGAGCUUGAGGCCAUAAGAAGAUACACCAGCCCAGUGAACCCGGCUGUCUUUCCACGUCUGACCGUGGGGCUGUUGGCCACUGGCAUGUUCUUCACUGCCUGGUUCUUCGUUUAUGAGGUCACCUCCACCAAACACACUCGGGAUAUCUACAAGGAGCUCCUCAUCUCUUUGGUGGCCUCACUCUUCGUGGGAAGAGUCCUCUUCCUGCUGCUCUGGGUUGGCAUCUACAAUAUGAACUCCCAAGGGUUCCAACCAGGCAGCUUAACUGAAUCCCUGCUUUUGUAA